CGCAUAUUAAAUACAAACAUACCGCUGUAAACGCUAGAAUAUUAAGGCUGCGUUUCAAAAAUCGUUGCCAAUACUGAAAAUCUUUGUAUGUUGGUAGUAAAAUAUCGACUCGCUGCUUUAAUCUAAUUCUCUUAAUCUAAUUCUUAAAAAAAUAUGUCGUGUAAAAAAGGUCCAAAUUGGUCAGAACAAGAAACAAGAUGUUUUCUGGAAUUGUGUAUAGAAAAACAAAUUUUAGCCAUCAUGGAUGGAAGGAAACAUAAACACGUUGAAAUAUUUAAAAUGCUUGAACCAGAAAUAGAAAAGAGUAGUUAUGGGAAAACAGCAGACCAAAUAAAAUUAAAAUUAAAAAAUUUGAAGCUUGCAUAUUUUAAAUGUCGAAGAGACAAUAAUGUCAGUGGAGCUGCAACAUCACGUUGUGCCUUUUAUAAUGAGUUAGAAUUAUUAUAUGGUUGUAGACCAACUGCAGAAGCCAGUUCAAGCAAUUCCGGAAUUGAUACAGCUUCUACAGUUAAUGAUACAGCUUCUAUAGUUAAUGAAGACAGCGAGACUGGAGAUAUUGAUAACGAAGCAAUUAAUAACUGCAAUAUAGUGGAAGAAGAAAAAGAAGGAGACACUAAUGAAAUGCCUAAGAAGAAAAGACGACAAUGUAACGGAAGAAAAAGUUAUAAGGCAACUUUAGAAAAUUAUACAGAUAAGUGGUUAGAAUCACAGAAGUUAAUGUUAAAUACAAUGUUGGAACGACAAGAAAAAAUGCAAAAGAUAUUCAUUCAAGAAGAAAUGAAAAAACAACGAGAUUGGGAAAAACAAGAAAUGGAAAAAGAACGAAAGUUUCAACGAGAACAAAUGAAUAUUCUUAUGCGAACCUUCUCACAGAGUAUUAAUUCUCUAAAACCACAAAUGCCAGUUACAUUAACACAUAAUUAUACACCCUUAAAACUGAUUCCUAUGGCACAAGCAGAUCCUUCAGGGAACAUUUUGAAGAAAAUCACUGAAACUAUCAAAACAACUGAAACUAUUGGUAAAGAAAAUUUACCAGAAACAUAAUGUAAUACGGUGUAUCGAUACACCGUAUUACAUAUUACUUUUCAUCAAAGUAGAAGUUAUUUUUUUUUAUUUUUCGAUGACUGCAAUAUAGUAU